AUGGUUGACGCUGAAUCAAAGUGGAUUCAUAGAGGGAAGAUAUCACGCUUGUUUUCCUCUUUUUUCUCUUGUACCCAAGAUCAAAAUAAGCUCAAACAUGAAUCUCAUGAGGUGGAAGAAAAUCUUCUGAGAGACAAUAAGGUGUCCAGGGACGAAAAUAAGGCCCUUCGAAGGGAAAACAAAUCCCUCUGGGGAGAAAACAAAGCUCUUCGGCAAGAAAACAAAACCUUCCGAAUGGACAACCAGUUAAUCCAGGAGGAGAAUCAGACCCUGAGGCAGCAGUACCAGGUCCUACGGAAGUUUACCAGUGGGAUUUUUGAGAGCCGAAAACCACCUGGGCAGAAAGCCAAUGCCUUAAACACAGAAAGGAAGUCUUAUUGGCAACAGAAUCGAGCCCUGGAAGCUCAGAUCAAGGCUCUUGGGGAACAGGAGAAAGCCUUCCAGAAUGAGGCAAAAGCUCUUCAGGAAGAAAUAAGGUCAUUCCAUUUGGAAAUCAGCGCUCUACAGCAUCAAGAGAGAGCAAUCAAGAUGGAGGAACAGGCCUUAAUUAGAGAAGGGAUAGCUCUAGAGAUGGAAGAACAUGCUCUGUGGAAGGAAGAGGCAGCUCUCCGUGAGGAGAACACAGCUCUUAGAGAAGAAACCAGCGCUCUGCUAGAGGAGGAGAAAGCCCUUCUGGAAGAGGCAAAGGUCCUUGAGGAGUGGAAUGAGAUUCUUCAGGGAAAAGGCAACAAACACGCUUGCUAG